GAACGCAGUUCCGUCCAAACUUCGUCUUCCCUAACCAGAAAAUCUUUCAGCUUGGCUUUGUCUUCCGCCUUUUGCUUGGAAACCUAAUCUCGAGUCAUCUUUCUCUUGGAGACCAAAGAAUUCAUGUAAGAAUAACGGGCAACAAAUCUUCCGUGCGUGCGUGGAUUAGAUUUCUUGCCCACCAAGUUUAACCAACUACAUAUCCUCGAUCCCGUUAGUUUGUUUUGUGUUUUGCGACAAUUCUCUAAUUCGUGAUCAAAUGAAAUCCAUCCGGGUUGCGAACAUGAAGCCCUGCUGCAAGAUCUUGUUGCCUUGCAGAAACCCCCCUUUCUCGAGUGCAAUUUCUCCCAAAUUUUCGUUUUACUCAUUCUGCACUGGUAAUUCGUAUAACUUCCAGUUCAGAAAUUCCAUUCCUAAUCACAUUUCUGCACCUCGUCUUUCUUGGUUUACAACCGUUUUCAGCCGAUCGGAUAAGCCUUCGUAUGCCAGGGUCCCAAUUGGGGAACAAUCUAGGGUUUUCUCGAACUCUAAUUUGUGGAGCCAUAGAUUCCGUUAUUUGGUCCCCGGCGCUACAACGGAUGCCGAGACAUAUUCGACGUCAGUAGAUUCUCGGGUGAAUGACAAGAAUUUCGAGAGAAUUUAUGUGCAAGGAGGGUUCAAUGUGAAACCUGCUGCAGUGGAUCAAAUCGGUCUGGAUGAAAAUGUAGCAGCAAGGGUGAAGGAAGAUAAGAUAGGAUAUGACAAGGAUGGAAAUAAUGCUGAAAAUGAGAGGUUGAAUGCCUAUUCAGCUGAGGGUGUGAAUGUUGAAAGAGAAGAGUCAAAGGUCGAAGAGGAGGCGUGGAGGCUGUUGAGGAAUGCGGUGGUGACUUAUUGCGGGAACCCCGUCGGCACUCUGGCUGCCAAUGAUCCGAAUGACAAGUUGCCCCUGAACUAUGAUCAAGUGUUUAUCAGGGAUUUUAUCCCAUCAGCCUUUGCGUUUUUGUUGAAGGGUGAGGGGGAGAUUGUGAGGAAUUUUCUGCUGCAUACCCUGCAGCUGCAGAGCUGGGAGAAAACCGUGGAUUGCUACAGUCCAGGACAGGGAUUGAUGCCAGCUAGCUUCAAAGUUAGAACGGUGGCUCUAGAUGAUAAUAAAUCUGAAGAAGUUCUUGAUCCGGAUUUUGGGGAAUCAGCUAUCGGCCGUGUAGCACCUGUGGACUCAGGACUCUGGUGGAUCAUCUUACUAAGAGCUUACGGGAAGCUCACAGGUGACUAUGCAUUACAGGAAAGAGUUGACGUCCAAACAGGAAUUAAACUUAUUCUAAACCUCUGCUUGUCGGAUGGUUUCGACAUGUUUCCCACUCUACUCGUAACUGAUGGGUCCUGCAUGAUUGAUCGACGGAUGGGCAUUCAUGGCCAUCCCCUGGAAAUUCAGGCCUUGUUUUACUCGGCCCUUCGAUGCUCGCGCGAGAUGCUUGCAGUAGUUGAUGGCUCCAAGAAUCUGAUCCAAGCCAUAAAUAAUAGGCUCAGUGCAUUAUCGUUUCACAUCAGAGAAUACUACUGGGUCGAUCUGAAGAAGAUCAAUGAAAUUUACCGGUACAAGACAGAGGAGUAUUCCACUGAAGCCACAAACAAGUUUAAUAUAUACCCCGAACAAAUUCCUGAUUGGCUGAUGCAUUGGAUUCCCGAGGAAGGUGGUUAUCUCAUCGGAAAUCUGCAGCCGGCUCAUAUGGAUUUCAGGUUCUUCAUGCUCGGAAAUCUCUGGUCUAUUGUGUCGUCUCUUGGCACACCCAAACAGAAUGAGGCUAUACUAGCUCUAAUCGAAGCUAAAUGGAGUGACCUAAUCGCUCAGAUGCCACUUAAAAUAUGUUUCCCAGCUUUGGAGGCAGAGGAGUGGCGGAUAAUCACUGGAUCGGAUCCAAAGAACACACCUUGGUCAUAUCAUAAUGGUGGAUCUUGGCCGACGCUUUUGUGGCAGUUCACGCUGGCGUGCAUGAAGAUGGGUCGAAUUGAUCUUGCAAAGAAGGCAAUAGAUUUAGCCGAAAAGAGACUUCCUGCAGAUCGGUGGCCAGAAUAUUACGACACGCGAAGUGGUAAGUUCAUAGGUAAGCAAGCUCGACUAUACCAAACUUGGUCUAUUGCUGGAUUGUUAACAUCGAAGAUGCUUCUGAAGCAUCCAGAAAUGGCUUCUGCCCUUUACUGGCAAGAAGACUACGAUCUUCUUGAUAUUUGCAUCUGCGCUAUGAGUAAUUCCUCCCGUAAAAAAUGCUCCCGCUGGCUUGCUAAGUCUCAGAUUCUUGUCUGAUGAUAGAUGAUGAUUUAUGGGAAAGAAAUUCGACGUAUGAAAUACCCAUUUUUAUUUUUUUUGUACAGAUAACAAAAUUUAGGUGUGUUGAGCUGAGGCUCGAUCGACUUAUAGUUGAAUGUUGUCACGUAUUUGUUAAGUUUAUAGGUAGUCGACCUCGGGAGCCAUCGGUUUUAUGGAUGAGCUUCGAGUCGAGAUGUAAUUGAGCCUCGGUCUCGUCUCUUAUGUAUGUAUGCAAAAAUAAGCAGAUUUGAAUGGUAUAAUAUAUAUGUAAAAGAAAGUGACAGUGUUUUGACAAAUAUGUUGUUAAAAUUCUUACAUUUCGUCC